AUGUCAAACUCAAUUGGCGCGUUUCUUUUGUGUUGAUGUUACUUAUAAAAAGCAAUUUCUUAUAUUCACAUGUUUUUUUUUUAUUUUUUUUUAACUAAUUUGUAUAAAUGGAAACUCCAAAGAGUUUAAGUAAACCACGUAUUACACGCAAUCCAACGCCAAGAUUAUCUGAGAGGAAGAAAAGUUUAUUUUCUGAUGGUGAAGUUAAAGUGGCGGGAAAUAUGUUGGAGGGUAUUGAAUUACUAGAAUCUUCAAAUACGAUUAGAGAAAUAAGCUCUAUAACAACAAGGAGUAAACGUAAUAUUGAAAAGCUUUUAGAUUCAAAUCGUAAAUCAAGUGCCAUAAGUUUUCUUAACGAUGCUCCCAUUGACUUCGCGAAAUCUAUGUGUACGUCACCUUUACGCAGAAGUCUCCGUACCAAAAGUGUUAAAAACACAUUAAAGAACACCGCUUUAAUAAUUCCAGGGGAUAAGGAAAAUACACCAAAUAGUGAUCAAGAAGAUGGUUCUGAAGAGCAGCUGCAAAAAAUGUUCAAAACCUCAAUGAGAUUAACCUCCAGUGGUACUCCAGAAAUAGUAAAUAAGAGCACUAUAUUUCGAUCCGAACCAAAAAAACGGCAUUUUGUAGUAACAGAAGAGAACGUCGAGUUAAGUCCGUACAAAAAAAAUCCAAAAAUUGAUUUAAAUGAUGAAGCUCCAGCCACAAUUUCAACAUCGAAAUUUUACUCAAGGUCCCGGCCCACAACCCUAAGUGUUGAUGUACCCAAAAACUUACAAGUUCAGAUAAAAUCGCCACCAAUAACUAAUAAAAAUAAUUCUCCGCGAAGCCGUGGUCGUCGGAGUUUUGGACAGAUAAAUAUUAAUAAAGGGGUAAAACACAAAAUAAGACGACCGAUACGAUCAGUUAUAUCGGGAGAAAAAAAUAUUCGAAAUACCGUUUCUUCUGUAGACAUUGACUUAAUAUUAAAAAAUUUGCGCAAUGAAAAUCUAAAAAAUCGGAUCGCCUCUAAACGAGAGGAGCGUCAAAAUAUAGAAAAGAUACACAAUAUUUUUCGAUCAUGCAAAAAUCCUAUAGAGAUGGCCCGGCCCUUGACAGUUAUUUCAGGAAUAGAUGAUACGAACAACAAUAAGACUGACUAUGUUUUGCCGACAGAUAAAAACGAUCAAGAACUUGAAAUGUCUGAAGAUAUUGAUACAGAUUUUUCUGACAUCGAUAGUAAUUUUGAUGACUAUGAAGAGCUUUCAAAUGCGGAAGAAAUCAUUCCUAUCAUUUCGCAUGAAUCAGCCACCAUUGAAGCUGCUAUUAUUGAAAAUGAGUCCGUAAUUUCUACCGCACCAACAAAACGAAAAUUUUUCAAAUCCGCUCGAAGUAGCCUUACGCCUAAAGAAAUUCAUAUUACAAAUAAUAUUAGAGCUUCUAUUUGCAAUGGUAAAUUAUCUUUGAUACAAGAAGAAAAGAAAGUAAAAAGGAGACCAAAAAGAAGACCGUCAACAACUUAUGAUAUAUCCGAUGAACAAGCUACUGUUAAAGCGAUUUUAAAGAAUUUAGAUGACACAGCCUAUGGGGAUAUGGACGAAGAUUCUAUGAGCACUAUAACUAAUCAAACUAUUAAUGAUCAAGAAAUUCUAGCCAACCAUUCAUUGCAAACUCCUAACACGCAGUUAUCCACUGAAUUUGAUUAUUUAGAGUUUCGUAGACGGCUUCCGUACAAUACGUCUGAUCCUUCGCUAAUAGAGCAACAAUAUUUGUUACUUGAUUUUCUAAUAAAUAAUAAUAUGUGUACAGAAGAGAACUUUACAAUAUUCAUAGCAGAUCCAGAUAAUCACAAAGAAGAGGCAGCAAAAAUUGUUGAUCAGGUUUUUGUUUUGGUAAAUCAACAAGAUUACUUUCGUCAACGUCUACCGUACAAUACAGAUGAUCCAGAAGUGGAAGCGCAGCAACAUCGAAUGCUGGACUUUCUAGUUGAAAACAAUAUAUGUACAGAGGAAAAUUUUGAUAUUUUCAUUGCAAAUUACAACCAAAGACGUAAGGAGGCAGAUGAAAUAAUGGAAACAAUACGGAAACAAGAAAGAGAAGGUGUCCCCUUAAACACUUCACAAGAAGUCGAUAAUGAAGUGAAAAUACCAAAUAAUAUUUCCGAAAACUCGAAAAUUUUAGAUAAUGCGAGGAUUGGCGCUUCUGUUCAACAAAGUGUUGACGAAAGUCCAUUACCUUUUACUCAGUCUAUCGAUGGAGACAAGGAUAAGCUUUUCCCAAUAUUUGAUACAAACACAUGGAAGCCUUUAGAACAAAUAUCUAAACGAGACUUUUCACGGACUUUGAAUUUGGAUCGGGCGACUAAUCAAUACCAAAUCGAUGCCGGACAAAGAAACUUUGGUGCUCACCAAUGCAAACAAUGUGGUCUGGUUUAUAGCAUACAUGAAGUAGAGGAAGAAAAAUUGCAUAACGAUUAUCAUGCAUCUUUGCAUUUACUGCGUUUUAAGGGUUGGAUCGAUGAAGAUAUCGUUGCUAUAUACCCCGAAUGGGGUUCCGACGGUCGUAUAUUGCGUAUCACAGAAUCUUCACACACCAGACGACAUGAACGUUUAGCCGACAUAUUGAAGAUUGUCGAUAAGGAGCUGGGAUUCGCCUCCUAUGUAAUCCCACCAACAUUUGUCGCUUACUUGGCUGUCCGUAAACACCAAAUUGUUGGUCUUUGUUUAGUUGUUCCUCUUGAAAAAGCUAACAAAUAUAUUAAAAUAGAAGAGCUUGACUGUUGCACCGAAGAAGAAUUUCCUGCCAAAUGCGGUAUAUCUCGAAUAUGGGUUUCUCCAUUACAUAGGCGUCUACAUAUAGCAACAAAACUAAUAAAUGCGGUCCAACAAAACACCAUAUUCGGAGAGGAAAUUCCACUGGACAUGAUAGCAUUCAGCGCGCCAACUGAAGCUGGCCGAAAGCUCGCACAGAAAGUAACACAAAUAGAUAAUUUCUUGGUAUACCAGUGAAAAUAGGCAUGGUGAAGGUAUAGGUAAGCAACUGGAAUCCAUAGCCCUAGUUGUAUAAUUUAAUUAUGCAGCCUAUAUUUUCACCAUGCAUAGAAAUAUUUUGUUAAUAUGUAAUGAAACUGAGAUUUUUCCGUUAUACAAAAAUAUAUAUAUAUUUAAGUUUCAA